AACAAAGAUGCGCAUUGCCAUGUACCACUAUAAUACAAUUAUUUAACUUUAUUGUAUUUUUUACACAAAUUUAUACCUUUAAUUUUAUUUUUACGCGUACAGUAUUUUAAUAUACUUAAAUACCUUUUAUCUUUUUAUAAAUUUUAAAAUAUUACAAUAUAUCAUAACGUAUCCUGUGUUGGACUAAAAUGGUAUAAUGAACUAUGUUAAAUAUUUUAAUAGACCUUUCAUUAAUGGAAGUGAAAUAAUAAAGUGUAACCAUAUUUUAGAAUUUCAUUGUACACAAUUACGUACAAAUAAUAAUUGAAACUCUGAUGCAAUGAGUAAUCUUGAUAGAAAACCACCCAAGGUAAGUUAUUAUACAAUUUUAUUUGUUUAAUCUCAAUUUCACAAUAAAUUAUAUUUUAUUUUUUAUUAAUUUUGUUAGAAAUCAUGUCAACGAAUAACGAUGUUGUUACAUUAAUUGCUAAAUAUACUUGUAAAGCUGGAUCUAGAAAAUGAAAACAUAUAUUUGGAUUGUCGCUAAAACCUUAAAAGUAAGAAUUUAAUUACCUAAUUACACUUGUAUUUCAGAGAAUAAAAAAAUUAUAUAAGAAAGUGUCUGUCAAAGGUAUAAAUAUAGGUUAUAUUUUUUAAAUUAGGACUGAGAAGUUUUAAUGACGUACCAUAAAGAUGGGUUAAAUCUAGCUCUUUAUCUAGUAAAAAAAUAUAUAAAACAAUUACAGUUAAUAAAUUUUGCCAAGUGAAACCAUUGCUUUCUGUAUAUGCCAAAACUUUGAUUAUAAUUACCAGAAGAAAUGCAACAUCAAUGUGUCAAUUUAUUUAAAAUGGGUUACUAUUAAAUCAAAUAAAGGAUGUUGUCUCAGUCAAAAACUUUUGUUUAAAACUCAUUUAAAACAAAUAUUUUUUAUCUUUUGUAAUUUAGUUUUUGUUGAAUGGCACUUAGAUCCAAUAUACCUACCAAUCAAAGUUUUCAAAAUAAAUAUUCUGAAAUUUGCGAAAAAAUUAAGAACCUACCAAAAUGAAGAAGGGCAAUCAGGUGAACAGAAUUUUUUUCUAUAAUAGAUAAAUUAGUGUAUUUUUAAUUUUGAAAUUUGAAAGUAAUGAUGAUAUUUCUACAAUUAUCUUCAUGUUGUUUUGUUUUUAGUAUUUCCACAGCAAGCAAAUGCUUUACAUCGAUUUGGUCACCACCAACCGAAAAAAACAAAAAAUAAAUUAUUUACAUACUAUGAUUCUCAAAUGGUAAAACGUUUUAUUACAUUAAAAAACUAUUGAUUUUAGCAAUUAAUGUUGGUAAAUAAUUUUUAUCAAGAAGCUAUUCCUUAUAUUUCAUUCAAACAGUUGUUGGCAAAAAACAGGCCAAAGAUAUUUGUAUUAGAACUAUAAUUUGAAGUGGGCCUUAUUGGUAUAAAGUAAAACAUAAUUGGAGCGUCUGCUUAAUAUUUGUUUUCUUAUUCUAAAGGGAUUGAAAAUAUUGAAAUACUAAAGUAAAAGUUGUAAUUUUCCCUUCAAUUUUCGGUAACAAAGCCACUAGGUUUGAUCAAUAGAAUGAAAAAAUAGCUUGUAGUAUUUUUAGAAAAAGGUAUAAAAAAUGUAUUAUUGUAUUUUUGGUAAAUUAUCCAACAAUAAUAACAAAAUGUGCUCAUAAGCAGAAACAUAAGCAUCACAGGAUUUCAAUUAUNCAAGGUAUUUGACUGAGUCAUCUUUUCUGUUCCAUUGUAUGAUAUGGUUGUUUAUGCUAAUAUUUAUUGGAUCGUUAUAUCUUUUAAGGGUAAAUAUUUUAGCCUCGCUUUUAGUCGGAUUUAGUUUCAGCUUCCAUUUUUUGAGCCAGGAGGUAAUUUCGUUUAAUGAAGAUUGUAGUUUUUCGAUUGAUAAGUUUAAUACGCUAUCUUGGGUGAGUAUUGUUGUAUCGUCCGCAAACAUUGUCAGUUGAGAGUUAGAGGGGUUGGGUAUGUCAUGGCAGUAAAUGUUAAAUAGCGUUGGCCCCAAUACUGACCCUUGUGGGACUCCAGAUUUGAUUUUGUGUUGUAGAGAUAGGUUUGUGUCUAUUCUCACUUGGAAUGUUCUGUCUGUAAUGAAAGAUGUGAUGGUUUUUAACAGGUACAUAGGAAGAUUAAGUGCUUUCAAUUUUAUUUCAAGCCCAUGAUGCCAGACCUUAUCAAAGGCUUGUGUUAAAUCGAGAAAAACUGCUAUAGUGUAUUUUUUGUUUUCAAAACCAUGUACGAUUAUUUCUGAUGUACAUUGGAUCUGGUGGCAUGUGGAGUGCUUUGUUUUGAAGUCAAACUGGUAUUUUGGGAUUAUGUGUAAGAAUGGUUUUAUCCUAUUCAAUAAAAUUCUUUCGUAUAGCUUUUAUAGGGUUGGUAAUAGGCUUAUUGGUCUGUAACUUGUGGGAGAGUUUGCUUGUUUACCAGGUUUAUGGAUUGGGACUAUUAUGGCAUGCUUCCAUGUAAGGGGAAAGGUACCUAAACGCAUGGUUGAGUUAAAUAGAGAGGCUAGGUAUGUUAAUGCUUUUGAAGUAAGGUUUUUUAAAAUUUAGUUUGUUAUUAAGUCAUGUUUAUCUAGUCAUCAUUAGAAGAAAGAAUCCUUAAUGAAAUUUGUCAAAAUCAAUCCCGAGAAGAGUAUUGAACCACUUGGAAUUAAUAAUGGUCAAUUUAUGCCAAAGAGUAACAUUUGUAAAACAACUGGAAUUAACAUUACUAUAAUUGAGUAAGUUUUAAUUUCAUUUAUUUUUUGUAAUAAAUAUUGUUGUGAGAUAUAAAUAUUUUUUUUUUUUUUAUUAUUAUAAUUAUAAAAUGUUUCAGCACACCUAGUGCUAUAUCAACUUUUUAGUUUUUACAAUUUUGUUUGUUACAAAUUUAAAUGAUUAUAAAUUUAUUAAUGACAUAAUUAUUAAUAGUGAAAGUGAUACAAUAAUGUGUUGUAUAUAUGAAUAUAAAUAGUAAUUAUGAGGUCUAGUAUAUUAAUAAUGAUCUUUAUUUUCUAAUGAUGAUUCUUCUGUGUCUGUUAAAAGAAUGACCUGGGGAAGUCGAGGCCGCAGACGUCUAUUGAGUGUUUUUUUUCCUAUAUUGUAAUGACGAGCACUGUCUAAGUUUUUUAGUUUGGCGUGGACAUUUUUAAAUUGGGUUUUAAUCUAUGUAUUUAUCAGGGGUAUUUCCGUAUCAUUAUGGAUCUGGCAAUUUCUCAUGAACCACGGUGCUUUAAGACAUAUCCUUAAGAAUUUAUUUUGUAAAAUUUCUAUUUUAUUUAUUUUAGUUAUAGAGGCAGCAGACCAUACAGGACAGGCAUAAGUUAUCAGUGGUCUGAUUAUUGUGGUGUAGAGAAGGUGAGAAGAUUUCAUUUGGAGAGUUGAUUUUUAAUUCACUAAGGGGUAGAGAAUUCUUAUCCUGGCAUAUCCCUGAGUGAGUUUUUUGUUUAUGUGAAUAUUCCAUGUCAGUUUUUCAUCGAGGAAAACUCCAAGGUAUUUGACUGAGUCAUCUUUUCUGUUCCAUUGUAUGAUCUGGUUGUUUAUGCUAAUAUUUAUUGGAUCGUUAUAUCUUUUAAGGGUAAAUAUUUUAGCCUCGCUUUUAGUCGGAUUUAGUUUCAGCUUCCAUUUUUUGAGCCAGGAGGUAAUUUCGUUUAAUGAAGAUUGUAGUUUUUCGAUUGAUAAGUUUAAUACGCUAUCUUGGGUGAGUAUUGUUGUAUCGUCCGCAAACAUUGUCAGUUGAGAGUUAGAGGGGUUGGGUAUGUCAUGGCAGUAAAUGUUAAAUAGCGUUGGCCCCAAUACUGACCCUUGUGGGACUCCAGAUUUGAUUUUGUGUUGUAGAGAUAGGUUUGUGUCUAUUCUCACUUGGAAUGUUCUGUCUGUAAUGAAAGAUGUGAUGGUUUUUAACAGGUACAUAGGAAGAUUAAGUGCUUUCAAUUUUAUUUCAAGCCCAUGAUGCCAGACCUUAUCAAAGGCUUGUGUUAAAUCGAGAAAAACUGCUAUAGUGUAUUUUUUGUUUUCAAAACCAUGUACGAUUAUUUCUGAUAUACGUUGGAUCUGGUGGCAUGUGGAGUGCUGUUUUUUGAAGCCAAACUGGUANAGGGUUGGUAAUAGGCUUAUUGGUCUGUAACUUGUGGGAGAGUUUGCUUGUUUACCAGGUUUAUGGAUUGGGACUAUUAUGGCAUGCUUCCAUGUAAGGGGAAAGGUACCUAAACGCAUGGUUGAGUUAAAUAGAGAGGCUAGGUAUGUUAAUGCUUUUGAAGUAAGGUUUUUUAAAAUUUAGUUUGUUAUUAAGUCAUGUUUAUCUAGUCAUCAUUAGAAGAAAGAAUCCUUAAUGAAAUUUGUCAAAAUCAAUCCCGAGAAGAGUAUUGAACCACUUGGAAUUAAUAAUGGUCAAUUUAUGCCAAAGAGUAACAUUUGUAAAACAACUGGAAUUAACAUUACUAUAAUUGAGUAAGUUUUAAUUUCAUUUAUUUUUUGUAAUAAAUGUUGUGAGAUAUAAAUAUAAAAUCAUUAUUAUUUUUUAUUUUUAGGUGUGAUAAAUACAGUAAAAAUUUCCAUUCUAGUUGCCUUGACCUUCCAGUGAUAAAAAUCUCAAGAAGUACGUGGUUAUUCUUAGCACUGUGCUGAAUGUAAUCCAAAGGUACAUCAAUUAUUACUUUAGGUCUAGAAUGUAUAUUUCAUCAUCAUAGAAUCUUUUAAGAUUCUAUCAUUUGCUUAUAAACAAAUGGUUAUUUAAUUGAAAUUGUGUUACCAAAAAUUUUAAUUCUCGGUACAAUACCUUAGUCUUUAAAUUUUGAGCAGAGAAAAGAGAAGCAUGCUGUAAAUAAUUGCUGUUUUAUUAAUACAUUUCUUAUUGAGAAUUCUUUCUUUGGAAAAUAAAAAAUUGAUGCAUUUUUCAAUUGAAAACGAUAAAAUAUUGUUUCAGAAAUGGUGCCACACUCUAUAUAUCAGACCAAAAUUUCUUUUCAAAAUAAUUUGUUUAAAGACAAACAAGAAAAAUACACAUAAUAUAGUAAAACCAAAUGACCUCUUACUAUGCUUCUAAAAAACAAACAUAUUUAUAUGCCUUAUUUCACC